AUGAAAAAAUUAGUGUCACAUAUUCUUACUGGGACGGUACUGGUCAUCGAAAAACUGUAUCUUGUAAGAAAGGCGAUUCUAUCGCAAGUUUUUUAGAAAAAUGUCGGCAGCAAUUUCAUGAGUUGCGCGGAGUUAGCGUUGAUAACCUGAUUUAUGUUAAGGAAGAUUUAAUUAUUCCACAUCAUUACACAUUCUAUGAUUUCAUCAUCAAUAAAGCAAGAGGGAAAUCUGGUCCUUUGUUUAGUUUUGAUGUUCAUGAUGACGUUCGUUUAACACAUGAUGCUACAGUCGAAAAAGAUGAGAUUUCGUCAGGAUUUCAUCAUUCUCCAGGGGUGUCGUCAUUACGUAAAAUAAUUUCGGUUAAUAACUAUACUCGAACUUAUGCUACCGAGGCGACAAAAUUUCAACGAGUUAAACCCCAUGUAAAUAUCGGUACAAUUGGUCACGUUGAUCAUGGAAAAACAACAUUAACUGCCGCAAUCACUAAAUGUUUGGCAUCAAAAGGAAAAGCAAAAUUUAAAGAUUAUGGUGAAAUUGAUAAAGCACCUGAAGAAAAAGCUCGAGGUAUUACUAUCGCUACAGCUCAUGUAGAAUAUGAAACUGAUUCAAGACAUUACGCUCAUAUCGAUUGUCCUGGUCACGCUGAUUAUAUUAAAAACAUGAUUACCGGUGCUGCUCAGAUGGAUGGUGCGAUCAUCGUUGUGUCAGCUACAGAUGGUCAAAUGCCUCAAACACGUGAACAUUUACUUCUCGCUAGACAAGUUGGUGUAUCUAAUCUUGUAGUAUUUGUCAAUAAAAUUGAUGCAGUUGAUGAUAAAGAAAUGCUAGAACUAGUUGAGAUGGAAAUGAGAGAUUUAUUAACUCAAUAUGGUUUUAAUGGUGAAGAAACUCCUAUAAUAAUGGGUUCUGCUCUUGCUGCUCUUGAAGGUCGUGAUCCUGAAAUUGGUGAAAAAGCUAUAGAAAAAUUAAUGGAUUCUGUUGAUAAACAUAUUCCUACUCCUAUAAGAGAUUUAGAUAAACCAUUCUUGAUAGUGGAAAGGGGUACCGUCUCAAAAGGUUCUGAAAUUGAAAUAGUUGGUAUGGGACAAACAGUAAAAACCACAUUGACCGGUAUAGAAAUGUUCCACAAAGAACUUGAUAAAGGAAUGGCUGGUGACAAUAUGGGAGCUUUAUUACGUGGUAUUAAACGAGAACAAAUUCGACGAGGACAAGUUCUUGCCGCACCUGGAACUGUUAAAUCUUAUAGGAAAUUCUCAGCACAAGUUUACGUUCUUACAAAAGAAGAAGGUGGAAGACAUACACCAUUCAUGCAGAAUUAUAGACCACAGAUGUAUUUUCGAACAUCUGAUGUAACUGUUACAUUGACGUAUCCACCUGGUACCGAAAAUCCGGAUGAAAAAUUUGUUAUGCCAGGUGAUAACAUUACACUUGAAUGUGAACUUGUGCAUGAUAUGGCUGUUGAACCUGGUAUGAGAUUUACUAUUCGAGAAGGUGGUAAAACUGUCGGAACUG